AUGGCAUCGCGCGUGCACCGCGGAGUGCGGGAGCCAGCGCUGCUGCUGCAGGACUCGGUAUUUCGUGUGCGUUUAGCGACGCAGGCCCUCCUUCCCAAUGCAGCCAGCGCGCUGCGCACCGACCCGUACGUCACGCCGAGCACUGCCGGCAUGGAUCCCGAGUCCGAGUAUGUGUUUUGUGCGACGCCGCAGCGAUGCUACGUGUGGCGCAGCACAAGCCCCAAUCCUACCAUGUAUGAAUUCCCAGUGGCACCGAGCGAUCCGCCAGCGGCGCCGUUCUGUAUCGUGCUCCCACGCCCGCUGCACGCCAGCGCCGAGCCAGCGCUGCUGCUUGCCUCCGGCGACGGCCAUGUGCGUUUCUGGGACGCCGUCUCCGACGCAUUUACUACCCAGGAGCAGGAUAUCGUUGCGCUGAAGCUCCCGCUCGCUCCUGACGAGCGCAUUAGCGCCGCCGCACGCGUCGAUCCGAGCCAGGCCGUGCUGGCGACCACCCACGCGCGCAUUUUUCAGCUCCAUGUGUUUGUGCACCGCGGCGAGCACGAGCUCAGCUACGCGCUGUAUGCCGAGCACCGCAGCCGCUUCCUCGGCCGCUUCCUCGGCGGCACGAGCGGCGAUGCGAGCGCAGGCCCGAUCCAGCGCCUUGCGGUGCACCAAAACGCCGGCGAGAUGCAUGCCAUGGUCGUAGCACAAAACGACCACGCUUUGCAAUGCUGGCGCGCGCCCAUCGCCGGCACCGGCGGCUCCGCACACCAGCAUGCGAAGCUCGUCUUUGCCGACCGCAACGUGCACAAGACAAUUGCAAGCCGCGCCAUGUACCUGCGCGGCGAGCGGUACAGCGCGGCGGCAAGUGCUUUUAUCAGCAUGGUCGACUGUGCCUUUCGCGCAAACGGUCAGCUGGUCGUGCUGUACUCGGAAACACGCAACGAAGGCGCCACGUACGGCCUUGCGCUCCUUGCGCCGCCCACCGAGCACACACACACCCUUGUCGUGGAGCACAUUCUUCCACUCCGCCACGCGCACGCCGCCGAUCCACGCCCCGGCACGGCGCCGAGCCUGCGCAUCUCGGAGCACCAGGAGGCAGCGCUGAUUGCAUUCGAACACGCGCUGCUCACAAAGCUUCUCGAGACAGACAGCGCCGAGGAGACACUGCACCUCAAGCCGCGCGCCGCGCGCGUGCGAGCCUCUUGCGUGCUGGCGCCGCUUGACACCCAUGUGCGCUUCGCCGCUUUGCUCGACGCUGGCGUGCUGCUCAUCGAGAUGGACGUGGCGCACUGCCAGCAGCUCGCCAAGGCGCAGCACCCCUCCUCGACCACCAUGGCAUCGUCGCGCGUCGCGCGGAUGCAGGAGCGUUUGGAAAAGGCCGUGUGGUUCGGCGAAGAUGCGGAGAAUAUCUUGCAGCUCGAUAUCCUUCCCGACACGCUGGAUGCUGGCGUGCUGCAAGCGGCCGUCGAGUGCCUCAGCACCGCGAUUGUCGACAGCCAACUGCAAGCGAUGCCAGACACGGUCGAUUUGCGCGCGCAGCUCACGCAGCGCGCCGCUUGUGCGCUGCGCCUCGUCCAGCUGGUCGGCCAAAAUGGCUUCCUAACGCAGCUCUCGCGCACCACGCGCCUGCAACUGCGCAGCGACGCGGAGCUCCUCGCGGGCGCGUGCGACUUGUGGCGCUUCUACGACGAGGCCGUAAAGAGCGCCGGGCUCGAAGCACGCGUGCCUUGUACCGUGCUUCCAAACGCCAUCCGCGCCGUGCUCCACGAGACGCCCAAAGACGCGGAGCGCCACUUUUUUCAGCAUCACCUCGCGCGCAUGCCCGCGCUGUUUGCGGCAUGGCGCCAAGGCGUGAGCGAGCCUAUGCCGCGCGUGCUCGACACUACGCGCCUACUCCUUGCGCUCCUCGUUGGCGCCGCGCGCUACCGCGCCGAGCAUGGCGAAGCGUACGCGCUCGAAGCCGACCCGGUCGUGGCGUACGAGCCGUGGUACGCAGACGGUGUCUUGAUUGCGCUGCUUGAGACGCUGUUCCAAGCCUCGCUGCACGCACUGCAGCACCCCACGGCGCACGGCAGCGACGCGGAGCUACGCACGCAGCUCUGUGCGCUCGCCGAGCUCGCGAUGAACGCGUACACCGCGCGCAUUGCUUUUCUCACCGCCGCCGCACACGCGUCGGACCAAGAGGCCGCCGCUGCGCUAAGCGCAACACACGCGGCGUACGACCACGCGCGCCCCGCGCUCCUCUUUCCCCUCCUCGACAUCGGCCGCGCCGACCGCGCGUUUGCACUCGCGGAAACGCACCGCGACUUUGCCUCCCUUGUCGCGCUUUGCUUUGCCGAGGAGCGCAGCGAUACGGGAAAGCGCGCCAAGACAGCGCACUUGAGCGCGCCGCCCGCGCUGCGCGUCGAGUCGUACUUGGACCGCUACGGGACGCCGUUUGCGGACGAGCUGUACACGUACUAUAUCCAACACGGCGCCUACCGCACGCUGUUUGAGCCGCAAGAGGCGCACGCCGCGCUGCUCCAGCACUUUUUGGCGCGGCAUGCCCAGUACACCCGCAUCGCCUGGAUCCACGAGAUUUCGCUGGGGCAGUACCGCGAAGCGAGCAAUGUGCUGCGCGCGUGUGCACACGCCGAGCGCGACAAUCUGCACGCCGAGCAAGUGAUGCUGAGCGUGAGCAAGCUCGCGCACCUCGCCGCACUUUCCGAUCUCGACCAAGCGCUUGCUUCGCCGUCCGAGCAGGCGGCGCUCGAGGCGUGGGACGACGCACUGGACCUCGUCCACGUCCAAGAACGACUCAAGCGCAAAUGGUACGGCGCUGCUAUGCCGCGCGGCGCGGCGCCAGAGGCGGCCGCACAGCGCAUCGCACAGCUCGUCGCGCCGCAGCUCGCGCCUGCGCUGCACGCCUUGUUUGUCAUGCUUGCCGCGCAGGUGGCGGGCGAUCAGGUUGCGUCGGGCGAGGAUAUGAUGGAUUUGCUCACGCUGCAGGAUACGCCGUACGCCGCGCCGCCCGAUGCGCCGCUGAGCGACUUUGCGAUUGCCGCGCAGGUGUAUGUGCGCAUCGACGCACACAGCCAGCGCCCCGCCGCGCUCGCCGCGCUCUGGCGCCGGCUGUAUUUGCAGGACGACUGGCACGCCCUCAGCGAUACGGCCAACAAGGCGGACGACGAGGUGCUUGUCUCUGUGCGCUCCACCGUCGCCUUUUCCACCAUCCAGGCCGUGCUCGCGAACGAGAGCACGGCGCCUUUGCUGCUCGCGCCGCACGACGUGUGCUCGCACGCGCCGAGCUCGAUCACCGCGCUCUCGCAGCGCUUUUCGGGGCUGCCCGACGCGCAGAUCGAGCAGCUGCACGCCGCGUUGGCUGCCGAACAUGCGGCGCUUGUGGAAGUGGUGCAUGCGACCAAGCUCGAUGCGUUCUUCGCACAGGUGCUUGCGCAGCCCCCGGUGCAAGCGCCGUCUCCGCGCAUCACCGACACGCUCCCGUCGACGUUCCCUGAGAUGGCGCAUAUCGAUAGCAUGUAG